GCUCCGUGCCGGAUGCUGGAUUGUAGGCGAUGAUGGCGGAAGGGGAGCACCACUGACUUUUAUACGAGUUCUUCCCGCGGCCGAAGAACCGUCUACGACAACGUUUCUCUCCCUCCGAACCUUUCCCGAGACGAUGGGGAACGAGGCGAGCAUGGAAGGAGAGGGACAGGCGGGACAAGGCGGCCUCUGCGCGGUCCCCGCAGCGGCUGCUUCGGCUUCCAUUUCAGCACCACCGGACUCUGGACAGCUCAUCAAGCCGAGCAACGGAGCGCCUGCCGGAGGAGGUGGCACCGGACCCGGGCCGGGGAUUAACAGGCCACCUGCAGCGGACCAGGGACCUAAAGCAGGCAUCCACAGCAGUCAUGGGACAGGGGACAGGUUGGCCUCCCAUGACACCCCACAGUCUGCCCCGUCCUAUGGGGAGCAGGGCCGCGGUCACGUGUCCAGGAAGAACCUGCACGUGGACGUGGGUAGCAGCCGGACUGGGAGGUCCCCUUCGGUAUCUCCCGACCGAGGCAGCGUCCCUACCUCUCCUUAUUCUGUGCCUCAAAUAGCGCCCAUGCCCAGCAGCAAGCUGUGCCCUGUCUGUAAAACGGCCGACCUGACUGGCACUGGUGAUGACAUGCCAAGCUUCAACACCUGCACACUGUGCCGCUCCAUGGUGUGCAACCAGUGUGGCUUCAACCCCAACCCUCACCUCACUGAGGUGCAGGAGUGGCUAUGCCUGAAUUGUCAGAUGCAGAGAGCAUUGGGGAUGGAUAUGACCACGCCACGUUCCAAGAGUCAACAACAGAUAAACUCUCCUUCUCAUGCUGCCAAACCAGAACCCAAACCUGAUGCUUCUUCUCAGCCUGCCCCUCAGACACAGACAACCCCUCAGACUCGGCCAGGGCAGACACUUCCAGCAUCUGGCCCUUCUAAACAGACUGGUGCAGCUGGCCCAGGUCAGCAACCAACAAAGUUGCCUCCAGGGGCAGUGCCUCUCCCUGGCAUGGCCAAAGCCCCGUCCCAGCCCGAUUUGUCCCGAAACUCCCCUGCCCACCAACCUCACCACCCCCGCCAGGACCAGACGCGCAGCGCAGGCAGCUCUCCUUCACGACAGCCCCCACCUCCUGAGCAGACCUUUGGUAAAUUAUUUGGCUUUGGUGCCUCUCUCCUUAACCAAGCCAGUACACUUAUAUCUGAGACCACUCAACCCCAACAACCACCCCCAAAACAGGCCCCUAAACCAGCUGGACCUCAUGGUCCAGGACCUGGGGCACCUAAACACUCAGGACCUCCAUCUUCACAACAAGGGUCUCGAGCUCCACCUCAGCAGCAACCCGCUCUGACAAAUUCCUCCAAACCCAAAGCUUGUUGUCCUCUUUGCAAGAUGGUCCUCAACAUAGGCAACACGACUGAACAACCCAACUAUAACACUUGUACUCAGUGCCACUCCAAAGUGUGCAACAUGUGCGGAUUCAACCCCACUCCACACCUAGUCGAGAAAAAAGAAUGGCUCUGCUUGAACUGCCAGACACAGAGGGCGCUGUCAGGAAGUUUGGGAGAUAUUCCGGGCCCAGCAACACAUUCUGUGGCUUCCAUUACACCAGCUGCAGGAUCUAAUCAGCAACCAACUCAGCAAAAAGAGGGUGAUCAGCGGUCAGGGCCAAGGCCCACAGGUCCUCAGCAGCAACAGAAACCACUGGGUCCCCAAGUAAGUGGCCCUGCCUCUCCUAUGAAACAGGCUGAGCAUUCCUCUCAAACUACGGGGUUACGGCAAGCUUCCCCUCCAACCAAGGGUUCUACCCAGUCUGUUCCUCCAGGCAAGGGUUCCUCUCAAUCAGGUUUUCAAACCAAGGGUGCCACACAACCCUCAGUCCAGAGUAAAGGACAGUCUCAAAAUAAAGGCCCUGCUCAAAGUAAGGGUCCUACUCAGUCUGGUAACCAAACAAAAGGCCAGAGUCAGGCUAAAGGGCAGACUCCGACAAAGGGAUCUGCUCAGGUUAAAGGUCCUUUGUCUAGUGCCAAAGUUGCGUCCACCCCUAAAUCAGCACCCAAUUAUUCCAAGAUCUCUCCUACUUCAACAAAAACAGCACCCACCCAGUCUAAACCCACAGGUACAUCUCAGGUACGCAAACAGACGCCGAGCCAGGAGAAGGCAAAAGUCUCCCCUAAAGCUCUAAAGGAGGACGUCAAGGCCUCACCAAAGAAAGCCUUGUCAGAGACUGUCACUUCUCCAAAAGACUCGAAGAUAGCAGAAGAAACGCAGAAGUCAAGACACCGAGAAGAUUACAUCAAAUCAAGUACACAGAGUUUAAGUGACACUGGAUACUCCUCAGAUGGGAUCUCUAGUUAUCAAGGGGAGAUUAUUGGUCAGAUUCAUGAAGACGUGGUCAAGCUCAAUGAGAGGGGUGUGCCCAUUUCCUCUGAAAUCACAAAGUUAGAGACAUCAAUGAAGCCUCUAUUGGAGUCAGACCAGAAGCAUAGGCCUCAUUCACUGUCUGUUGGACAGGGACGGGACGUUAGUCUGGAUGACGAUGCAGCAAGAGAUGAAUCAGAUGAUGAGCUCAGCUGUAAGCUUCGUCAUGAUUAUGUGGAAGACAGCAGUGAAAGUGGUCUUUCGCCAUUACCAGUCAGACAAAAGAAGUCACAUAAAGAUUUAACAGAUGAAGAGUUUAUGAGGAGGCAAAUUAUGGAGAUGAGUGCUGAUGAAGAUGAGUUGGAGGAAUACGAAGACCAGAAAGCUAAAAAAGGACAUAAAACUAGUGGGGAUUUGAACAAAGAGAGACGACGAAUCCCUCACCAUUCUAGUAGUUUUGAGGAUGCAGCCAAAGAAUCAGAAGGCGUGUAUAAGGCAGAAGAAGAUGAAGAUGUUGUGAUGGCUGGGGGUCUUCGCCGCUUUAAGACAAUUGAGUUAAAUAAUACUAACAGUUAUAACCGAGACAUGGAACUCAGCGCUGAGCAUGACCUACGAGAACCAGAACUAGAGAUGGAGAGUCUGACGGGUUCUCCAGAGGAGCGGUCCAAAGGAGAAUAUUCAUCCACUCUACCUGCUACCACUCCUAGUUACACUUCAGGAACAUCACCCACAUCAGUGUCUUCCAUGGAGGAUGACAGUGACAGCAGCCCCAGUCGAAGAGCAAAGCUAGAGGAAGCUAAACAACAAAGGAAAGCCAGACAUCGCUCACAUGGGCCAUUGCUGCCCACAAUUGAGGACUCAUCUGAGGAGGAUGAGCUCAGAGAAGAAGAAGAGCUUCUAAGAGAACAGGAACAGAUGAGAGAUCUUGAACAACAGAGGAUUCGAAGUACUGCUCGAAAAACAAAGAGAGAUAAGGAGGAACUACGAGCACAGAGACGCCGGGAAAGAUCUAAAACUCCCCCCAGUAAUCUCUCUCCCAUUGAAGAUGCAUCACCAACUGAGGAGCUGAGACAGGCUGCAGAGAUGGAAGAGCUCCACAGGUCAUCAUGUUCCGAAUACUCACCCUCAAUGGACUCUGAAGCCGAAGGCUUUGAGAUAAUAGCAGGAAAGCUCUACAAAUCAGGGAAUGAAUAUAACCUUCCAACUUUUACAUCACUCUACUCUCCAACAGAGAAGACACCAUCUAUGUCUUCAGCUGAUAAAACACUAAAAAGCGCAGAGGAAGUAUAUGAGGAGAUGAUGAAGAAAGCCCAGCUUCUUCAGAAACAAGGAAAAAAUGUUAUGCAGCAGAAACAUUCUCUUACUGAUAAUUCAAACCUUGAAACAGGUUCUGCCUUAACCCCUGGUUCCAGCCCAACCCAGAUUUCUGCACCUAUGUCCUUCUCCACAACUGGAAAUGACCCACGAAUUCCAGGAAUCCACGCAGCACAGCAUCUUUCAAAAGAAACUCAAAAUAGGAUGGUGUCACAGAGUGCCAAAAUUGAAGGUGUUGUUGGAGGAGUUACUACAACCAAAAUUCAAGUCAGUCACACUGCUACAACUCGUGCAGGGUCCCAACGGCCAGCACAAACAUCACCCGACCCUGCUACAUCCUCGCUAACCUACAAAGUCUUUUCGCUUUUCAAAGGGCCCAGCCCACAAGCCUCACCCACCACUUCUCCUGUACAAAGCCCAACACAUACACCCACCGUGCGUCCCACAGGAAGUGGUGGCAGGCAGUUGCCUACACUGCCUGGUGGGGCAUCAUCAACUGUAGCUUCCCAUGGAGCCCAAAGGUCUAUUUCACCACGUCUCGUACGGCAGCAGUCUUCUCAAGAUUCACCAGUAAUGGUAAAAACACCCGGGUCUGGAGCACCUAAUCCUGCCAAGCCUGUAACUGUAAAUUCAUCCACUUCCCCUUUAUCAUCCCCAACACAGGUUAGCUAUAAAACCCUGUAUAGCUCCCAACAUCCAUCCGCAUGUUCUCCAACAUCACCAGAAAUGCAAUUGCCCCAGCAGUCCCCAAAACAUUCUUCACAGAUGGCUCAAAUUGCCAGUAGCACACAGAGUCGUGGAUCACUUUCUAUGGAGAAUAUAUCUCUUUGUAAAAUUUCAAAUAUUCCAGGCACUUCAAUGGUCAUGGAGCAGAGCCACACUCAUCCAACCAAUAUUGUGGAUCUUAGAGCUCCAAUUAAAUCUGCCCCAAUUAUAAUGACAGAACAAGGCAUGGAUCUAACAUCGUUAGCCUCAGACUCAAGAAGGUACUCUUUGGGAGCAGAACAGCCAUCUCUUAGGCACACAGCAGUGCAACCUCUAAUCAUGAACCUGAAUGCACAAGAGCAACCACAUGUAUCUGUGUCAACACCAACAACAGUAAGUGUGACAGUUGCAGGUUCAAUGUUUUUGUCUCAACCCAAACAACCAGUUGUCUAUGGAGAUCCUUUGCAAAACCGUGUAGAUUUGGGGCAGGGAGUGGGAUUAGCUGUGUGUUUAUCCCAGAGUAAGACACCAGUUUCAGAUCCAUCUAUUCCUAAAAUUGACGCCUGCCUUGAGAACCUAGGUAUACAACAGCAACAGCUGCAGUUACAACAACAAAAGCUCCUGCAACAGCAACAACUUCUUGAGCAGCAGCUCCAGCAGCAUCAACAGCAUUCUUCUUUUGCUCGUUACAAUUUAGCUAAUCAAAUCCCUCCACUUGUAAAGAAAAAGGAUCUUGUAGUUAGUCAGGCAACAAGUUCCCAGCCAGUGGUUACGGCAAGAGUAGCUCCAUUGGCUUCCCAGUCUGUUUGUAAUCCCCCCCAUGAAAUCUAUGGUGGGGUUGCUCUCGAGCUACAAAAUAAGCCAACAGUAAUGAACCUCUCCACAGGCAAGCCACAUGUUAUGAUGGUUCAGCUUGAUGAGAGUAAAACAUCACAGGCUGAAGCAGUGACUCAGUUACUAAAGAAAGACGAUCCUCCUCCCACUCCUCAAAUCUUGGAUUUGACUGGGCAGAUUAAACCAGAAAACCAAGUUGCUUGUUGCGAUGUUGUAUACAAUUUGCCAUUUGCUGGUUCCUGUGCAGGGUCAUUCAAUCAGAAGCCCGCAGCAGUAUCACCAGAAAAAAAAACUACCUCUGAGACCGCAAAACCACCACCUCCUCCCCAUCCUCAGCAUUACAAUAUCAGUCAACAGCAACAAUCUCAGGCUACACAGGCUGUAACAGAGGAACAUAAACCAUACCAAACACCUAUAGUUCCGUCUGGAAGAAUCCAGCCCUCCAUGUCUGAUACUAAUCUGCCUGCUAUGACUGAUGUUGGUCACUACCAGAGGACUAUUAAGGGUGGUAUGGCAGUAGAUCUUAGUAACACGAAUCAGACUUAUGAUAGUGGGUAUCUCGGCAUGGGAGCUCAGUAUGGCUCAUACACAGACUUGCGUCACCAAGGAGACAUUGUAGGCCCCACAUUACCCAUCCGGCGUUAUGGCUCAAUGUCAAAUAUCAAUUCUGAUUAUGGCUAUGGGUCAAAGGAGUUAACAGGACCACAGGACUCCAAUCUAGCUCAAUUCAGUGCAACGACUGCGAGAGAGAUUGGUCAGAUGUGCGCUGCUCUUAACACAAUAGAUCAGUUUGCAACACGGUAUGGAAAUAAUCCUGAACUGAUCCCUUAUGGGGUGGGAAGAGGGGCACAUUUAGGUAGGCUAAAUCUCCAUCAAAGUUUAGCAUCAAUAAGAGCAAGCCUGAUGUAUGGCCCAGAUGGAAGAGCCUUAUCAAAUGGUCAAACCCUAACAAGCCUAAUAAAUGCAAGACAAGCAAGUAUACGCGCCUUGUAUCCUGCAGCUUUGAGAGGAGGUGAUGGCAUGAUAUAUUCUACCAUAAACACUCCUAUAGCCUCUACCUUGCCAAUUACUACCCAGCCAGGUCCUGUUCUGCACCCAAUGCCUAGAGGCAUUUACAGACCUUACCCUACAGGUGUAACCGCUGUACCAUUAGCUAGUCUUACCAGGCUGCCUCAAGUGAGUCCCAGAAUGCCAAUGGCCACACAAGGAACAUGUUCAUAUCCUCCAAACCAGUACUCUGCUUCAGCCACAACCUCUGGCACCUCACAACAUGAAACUCCCAUGUAUCUUGGAAAGCCUUCAACUGCAGCUCCAAUCAUUCCACCAACUCAAGCCAGCGCAAAACAAAAUGCAUCAGGACCUUGUAUGCAAACCAGUACAGUUCAACGGACCGAUGAGACUCAACAUACCUCACAGAUGAUGUCCAUCUCUCAAGGUCAAGGACACCCUCCAACUGUUAAGCCAGCACAAGUCCAGAUGCAGCCACAGCAGCUACCUGCUCAAACAGAACCUUUAUCAUUAAUCCAAACCCAUCCUCAAGCGCAAUCCAUCAGUCGACCCCAACCCUCGGUUUUGACACAUGGUAUCAUCACACCCAGUGUUACUGCCCCAACUUCAAAUGUAUCUCCUCCUAUAGAUCCUCAGAAAGGCAAGGAAGAUGAGAAGCUUAGUCAGCAACAAGAGCACAUGCUGCAGCUAGAGCGAGAGCGUGUUGAAUUGGAAAAACUGAGGCAGCUGCGCCUUCAUGAGGAGCUCGAACGAGAUCGUAUGGAGCUUCAACGACACAGAGAAAAAGAACAACUAAUUGUUCAGCGUGAAAUUCAAGAAUUGCAGACCAUCAAGCAACAGGUCCUACAACAACAGCAAGCAGAGCGUGAAACUCAGCUUAUUAUGCAAAGAGAGCAACUGGCCCAACAGAGAAUGCAGCUUGAACAAAUUCAGUCACUGCAGCAGCAACUCCAACUGCAGUUGGAGGAGCAGAAAAGACAAAAGACCGCAGCAGUGGAGACAGCUGCAGCUGUUGCAGCAGCGGAAGCAGCCGCGGCAUCGGCAGCUGCUGCAGCGACAUCCGCCCAGGGUGCUAUACAAGGGGUGGUGGUCGGAGGAGGGCCUCCUCAAAGCUUCCUUAUUUGUGAUCAGAGUGGAAGGGUUAUUCAGCAAGAUGGACAAACUGUUAAAUUCUGGCAAGAUGGACAAGUGGUCCAAGCUGUGGUGGCAGCUAGACCUAUUCAUAGUUCUGUGUCCGAAAUGUCUUUGAGAACCACUGACAAACGGGCUGAGUCCAAGAUUAUGAAGAAGCAAAAUUCUAUGCCCCGUCUUAGAGACAGCACAGAGGAUGAUUCUGUGAAGAUAGCAGACAGUUGCGUGCAAACAGAUGACGAAGAUGGAGAGGACCGCUUCAUAAACCGCCGCAGAAGAACAAGACGCAUUGCAGAUUCCAGUGUUCAGACGGAUGAAGAGGAUCAGGCAGACUGGGACCAGCAGCCAGUAAGGCGCCGCCGCUCACGUAUAUCGAAGCACUCAGAAUCCAGUGCUGAAAUUAAAUCAGACGGGUCAUCGAGAGCGAUAUCUGCAAGUAUAGCUAUUCAAACCUCUAAUGACUCCUCCUGCCAGACAGAAUCUGACCAACUAGGUAGGGUUUCGCCAGCGAUUCAUAUCACUAUGGCAGAAAGCUCAAAGGUUGACCUGUUACAUUAUAUAGCAGCCCCUGAGAGGACCCACAAGGGAGAAAGUCUAGCUUGUCAGACUGAACCAGAGUCACAGUCUCAAGGUGUGGUUGCUCCUCAACUCAGUGUCCCUACAACAAUUAGUCCGUAUUCUACAAGUCUGCACAUAGUUGGUGCAAAUACCUCAGACCCAAACUCCCCGAAACUUCAAGGAGUUGCUAAAUUUGAGAGACGGAAACCCGACCCUCUGGAAAUUGGUUAUCAGCAGCAACCAAAUGAAUCUCCUCGCCAGCCCCCCAAGUCCCCUCAGGUUUUGUACUCCCCAGUGUCUCCAUUGUCUCCUCAUCGUAUGUUGGAGACAACAUUUGCCUCACAAGAAAAACUUAACAAAGCCCAUGUGACACCCCAGCUAAAGGCCUUCACUGCUGAAUCAACGCAACGCCACCAGUCUCUACCAAGACCCAUAAAAAGUGUGCAGCGCUCCAUGUCUGAUCCAAAGCCUCUCAGCCCCACAUCAGAGGACCCUGCCAAGAGCAGAUUCUCUCCAUAUCAUCAGCAAGCUGUGCCCAACAGUCAGCAGAUGGCCUCCCUGCAGCAGCAGCAGCAGAACGCUGUGAUGAGGAAGGUAAAGAGGACUCUCCCCAGCCCCCCUCCAGAAGAGACUCCACUCCCCAUAGUUACUCCAGCACAAAUGUACAGUUCUCCUGGCAUGCCUCAGAGGGUUUUGCCAAGACCUGCACAAGGAGUCACCAAGGCAGGCUUGCUGAGUGAACUCAAAGCUGUGGAACAAGAGUCGUCAAAGCUCCGUAAGCAGCAAGCCGAACUGGAGGAAGAAGAGAAAGAGAUUGAUGCCAAAUUACGUUACUUGGAACUAGGUAUUACUCAACGUAAGGAGACCAUGGUGAAGGAGCGGGAGAGGAGAGAGUUGGCUUACUUGCGCUGUAUGGGUGAUGCUCGGGACUACAUGUCAGACAGCGAGCUCAAUAACCUCAGGAUGGGAACUGCAGCAGCAACCUUUGAUGCUAAUGGUUUGCUGACAAGGCCCAGCACUGCACCAUUGAGUCAGUUUACUAAUGAUCUUAAUACAACCUCCCAGUAUUCCUCAACCUCCUCCUAUAUGUCUUAUCCUUACACUCAAAAUCAACCAUCGACACAACAGCCGGGCUCCUCUUACCAUCAGAUUGGUUUCCAACCUCCUCAGUACCCUUCAUCCUCUGCUCCCCAGCCAGGGACAUUCCAGCCCCACCCCCCUCCAGGCCCUGGCUACCAGAACCAGGGAACCUAUUCCUCCCGUAUGUAUAGCCAACCCUUUUACCAAACAGAUCUUGCCAUGCAUCAGCAUAGUCACCAGGCCUUCCAUCCACCGAGUCAGCCUAUGCCAGGCCAAAGCCUUCCUUAUCCCAGCCACAGCUCCUACCAACCUGGACUGUCUUACCCGACCCAGGCAGAUAUACUCACAGUACACCAAAGACCAAGGCAAACCUCUUUGGCUGACCUUGAGCAGAAACUUCCGACCAACUAUGAGGUCAUCAGCAACCCAGCAGUCUCGGUGGCCACAUCAGCUCCAGAUACGACAUAUGGUUCUGCCUACAGCAAUGCGUAUGGACAAUAUCGCCCUUCUGAGCCUGGCCUUACUCACUCUGGUGAGAGCCCAACGUCUGCUUAUGUUUCAGAUGAACAUUACACCUCUAACUUAGAGCAGAACAUUCCAAGGAAUUAUGUCAUGAUUGAUGACAUCAGUGAGUUGACAAAAGACAACACUACUCAACCCACUGAUGCCCUAGGUCAUCCAGUAGGAGGGCGAUAUCGCAGCGAGAAUGGUCCUGGACAUGGAAGCACCUAUGGUAGACCAGAAGAUGAGCCAGUGGAUGCAUAUGGAAGACCCACUGGCACAAUGGGUUACCAGAGCACAGCGGACAGUCGCACUAGCACUACAGUUGGUGGAGGAUCUUGUUAUUAUGAUGACUACAAACACACAUCACGAAGCAAUGCCGGUAGCCACAAAGUCUCACCAAAAAAUCUUGCUCCUGCCGUAGUCUCUUCCAAACGUAGUAAGCACAGAAAACAGGGAAUGGAGCAGAAAAUAUCUAAAUUUUCUCCUAUUGAGGAAGCUCGAGAUGCCGAGGCAGACCUGGCAUCUUACACUAUGACAACCUCAACAGGAGGCAGUUGUACUGUGGUGUCCAGGUCCAAGAAGCAGGAUGAAAUGGCUUAUGGAAUGAAGAGGAAUGCAUAUGACCAGCAGAAGUAUUAUGGCACCAGUCGCGAGGGUCUCGAGGAAGAAGAUCGUGUGUACGGCUCUGGUAGGUCCAGGUCUACCGGAUAUGGAAUGGAUAAGAUAUCCUCCCGGGAUGCCUCAGGUCACAGAAGCAAAUCCUAUGAGAGGGAUGCCAUGGAGCGUUCUCAGAGAAGCAGUCGCACCGGGCGGCCACCCAUACGCAAUCAGAAUUCAGAGGAAGAGAGUCCAAUCAGUCCUGUCGAUAAACCUGUAGGCAUUGGACGGAGCUCUGCUGUGUCAAAUGCCCAUGAUGUGAGGAACCAGUAUGGGUCUAGUCAUUCGCUUCCAGAUGUGCAGGAUCAUCACAAGAAGGACCUUCCUAGGAGUCAUGUGUACAAACCAGAUGACCCUUACCUUGUAGACGACAUGCACUGUGCGGUUUCUGACAGUGAAGCCUAUCAUUUGGGCCAAGAGGAGACUGAUUGGUUUGAAAAGCCUCGGGAAGCCCGUUCAGAACGUUCAAGACAUCAGAGAGGUGGAAGUCAGUCAUCUACAGGUAGGCGCACAAAGCACACCUAUCAUGACUAUGAUGAGCCACCAGAGGAAUACGGUCACCAGGAUGACAACCAUCAACGCCAUUCCUCCUCGGCAUCGUCACGGGACCAGCGCUAUCAUGGCAACAGCUCUGGGAGGCACAACUCUUCUCGACACGCCUCAGAAGAUCCCAGGUCCUCCCGUUCUAUCAGGACACACCCCAAAGACACAUCAGGACGAUCUGAUGGCAGGGGCACUUCUUCUGCCCAGAGGAGGGGCGGCCCAGACUCCCGUUCUGCCCAAGGAAGCCCCCGGAACUCAGGAGACUUCUCCCGUGACUCGGCUGCCAGUCAUCAACACGGCACUGGGGGGCGGAGCCAGAGACAACCAGGAGAGCGCACAAGAAGGCAGGAUCCCUCGGCUGCAGGCUCAAAGAUGCAGCAGCAGGGCCACUCUGGACAACAGCGGUCAAGUGGUCAAAGCCAGUCGGGGAGACAUCCAGGCUCUGAAGCUCUUGAUGGUACUCAACAAGCCCAGCAGCAGCAAAGUGUACAACAACAACAGCAACAGCAACAGCAGCCGCAGCAGCACAAUCAACCCCCUCCUAGCAGCCAGCCAACAACUACUGCAGGAACUGGACCACCGCAGCAGCAGAUGCCCAAACCAACACACGCACAUACACAAGGACGGCCACCAGGAGGAGGGUCUGCUGCUGGGCAGCCAGCAACUACAGCGGUAAAAAUGGAUGCCACACCAUCAGCAACUUCCACAGGAAUGAAACCUACAAUGGCCGUCCCAACCAUACCUCAGACUACCAAAACAACUCCACCCCCACUAACAGGCAUUGGCUCGAAAGCUGCCCCCGUUGGGAUCGGUAGCAAAGCCGGUGGAAUCGGCAAUGCUGCAGCUGGACAGGCACCACCUGCCGAAGGGGAAAACGUUCUGACCAAAAUUCUACAAGGAGGUGCAGCGGAGCAGGCGGGAAAACUGGGAGACGCUUUGUCUGGCCUUGGGAAGAAAUUCACUUCAUUCUUUUGAAAUGAAGAGAAGAGGGGUCUUCAGAGUCACAACAAUUCAAAAUGUGAUGCUUUGUACCGGAAAAACCUAUGAAACAAUAUUUAUUGCAUUUUACCAUCACAGAGGAUGUUGAGAGAGAGAGAGAGAGAGAUCCUAGGAGCAUCAAGUUAGAAUCAAAGGAGAGCCUUGUCAGCACUGAAUUCCCCAGACGUGCAUGUGAUUGAAGUGGAGCUGAAUCGGGAGGGGGACCUGAAAAUGAAGUGGAUGCCUUGAAUUGACAGAAAUCCCUGCACCAAUGGAGGACAGUAAUGAGCAUGAGGUGGAGGAGAGAGGCUGAAGGAAGACUCGUGUUCUGCUUCUUCUCUUCCUCCAUGGAGAGCCUCCUGGGAUCGAAAAGAAAGUUAAAAGGCCCACCGAUGGAGCAAUCCGGCCGUUCUCCAAUUGAGGGAAGCCUCAGUGCGCCCUCUACUGGAUAUUCUUCAUGUCUGAGGAUUCCACAUCUGGCAAGGAUAUUUGAUUCCACAUUGAUGCUGAUUCUUAAAGAUUGUCAUAGGUUUUUCUGGUACUGAAGAAACACAUCGCUCACAGACGACUCCCCUUACAAACCUGAGCGUUUGCUUUCUCUGAUCUCUACAUUCCAGUGUGGGAACGUAACCCUGUCUUUGAAUGUGUUCUUACUUCUCGUCAUUUACUUUUUCGUGUCUCUACAGAAUGCAUUGUGUAAAUGUGUACAUGCACGCACAAGUAUAUGGAAGGGAACAAAAUAGAAAAAGAAAUCCAUAUGUGUACUUUUCCAACAUCCGUAAGUUUUCAUUUUUUUGGUUUUGUGUGGGAAAGAAAUUACUGCCAGUGUGCCCAUAAGUGUGAGAUUCACACAGAUGAGAGGACCAAAUGAAAGAGAGGCAGACGCUCUAUAUUUUGCCACCGCAAAGCCAUUGUUAUUGUCUGCGUGGAGCUUUCAUGUCUCAUCUUUCAGUUCCUUUUCAAUUUGCCUCAUAUUCACUGAUUGGAAGAGCCUUAUUCAGAACGUUUUGUUAGUUUGUUUUUUACUUAUAUACCUCGUAUGUUUUCAAAUGUCCAUAUCAUGACGCAUUUCUUUGUACGCAGCUGUAUACUAUUGUAUGUACAUAAUCUUUCAAGAUGUCAUUAUGUAAAUUUGUCAUUUGUGUAUGGAAGGAAUACCAUUUUUACCUUGAUGUUUUCUUUGGUACGACUUUAUAUUUAAAGCUUUUUAUUUUGUUAACUGUGAGUUUUCUCGCAUCAAAUAAUUUGCUUGGUGACUUAAACAAACAAAAAAAAGCAAUAGCAUGCAGAUAACGGUAUAUAGCACAAUGGUAUAAAUGUUGCGUACGUUAGCGAUCGGGAAUUAUCCACCGCUUAUCGUUGUACAGUUUGUCGAACGGUUUACAACCAUCGUACCAGAUGUCCAGAUGUGCAUGUGUGUUAGGUGCAGAUGCAUAAGAGCAUGCAAGAGUGGUAGGAACACAUACAGACGCACCUUCUUUUUUUUUUUUUUUUGGCCAUUCCAGAGUUACUUUCUGCUCUAUGGUUUAAGUCAUCAACAAUCUCUCGAACAAGCUGGGCCCACUGCCUCCCCCCCCCCAACGCACACACAUGAAGUGUAGAUGAGCAAUUCAAAUGUUCUAUGCAAAGACUCCUUUUUUGAGCCUGGUAGUGACGUCAUCACAGGAAAACAACAACACAAUUAUCAAGUAAAGCAGUUAGAGAUAUACGUAUGUUUUUACUGAGCAGCCUGUCUGUAUGAAUCUAACUAUUGAAGUAGAUUUGUUUUGAUUUCUCCGUUGCAUGUUUCUUGAUCUGUCACCCCCCUCCAUAGGGACUUGUUGCCAAAGGGUAAACUGUGUCUACUGUCUGUUUUUGAAUGUCCACUAUCCAGUCUCUUGGUAGCAUGGGUUUGCUUUGGCUGCUUCCUUGGCUGUUUGUUAGUUCCUCGAGCGUUUCGCCUGAUCUGGGCUUGCAGUGACCGUUUGUGCUGCUCUGAACCUCUGACACAACACAUGGUCACUACUUGUCAUUCGUUUGUGUCAGUAUAAUUGUGUACAUAUCUGGGUGUUAAUAUACCCCUGCGAGGGUCAACGGAAUGCUUCUUUUUCGAUAUAAUUAUCACCUUUGAUUAAAUCACACAGCAGCCAAGCCUUCAGGGUGGGGAAAGAUGCAUGAUUAGAUCUUAUAUACUUACAGUAAAUGCUGGGUUAUACCUGAAUGACUACAGCGUGGCAUGAUUUCACCAAGGUUUGCAAACAGGCCGGUGGAUAGAAGAUGGAUGGGCAAAAGUUCAGCCAGUCACUCACAAAUCAGGGCAUGUCUUUAUUUAUGUAUUUAUUUAUUUUGAAAGCACAAGGCUGGCUGGUAUAGUGGCCGUUGCGCAAAUUCUAGCAGACACAUGGAAGUUAUGUCACAGUGCCUCUGAGAUCAACCGUCUCAAUGUGAGAUGGAGAUCUGCUUGAUGUGAGGCCCGUGAGACUCGACAGCUUUCAGUGCAGCCAUCCUCAUUGUAACUGUAAAUACACAUUCAUUCGACUGUACAGUUUUUGUUUUGAGUACGGCUGUCAUGUGCAUCCCCACGCCGUAUUUGCUGCCAACUUUUUGUGUAUAAAAGAACGUUUAUUAACAGUAACAAGGAAGAUGAUUAUGAUAAUUGCUUAUGCAUAGUCUGUGUGGCUAACUUGUACUGACUGUUUACAACAGUGGAACAAAAAUUAAACAUUCCCGUUCAGAAACAUAUACAGUGUAUGUAGAGAGUCUAUCCUUAUUGUAUUUUAGAACCUCCGUGGCGACACGUUGCCUUCAAUGUGUCACGAUCAGGAGGUUUCGGUGGUCAUGAUCUUGAAUGUGAUCUGAUUUUUCGGAAGAAGCAGGGCAAAAAAACAAACAAACAAAAAAAACCACCUGGAAAAUGUCAUUCACUGUUGUAUGUGCACUGGGGGAAAACGUCAGUCGUGUAUCCAUUGUGAAACCUUGUGCUCUAUUCAAUGUAUUCCUGUAAAACGAUCAAUUGGUUAGUACAUUUUGGUGCAUCAUGUCCAGUAAUGUGAUUCAAUGAAAAUAUUGACCCUGCAAUUCCCAAACAGAGAAAAAGAAUAAAAAUUAAAGGAAUAUA